UCCAACUCCCAAGCUACUUCACUUCCAAAUUCUCCCCUUCACUCCCAGAACCAAUUCUAUUCAAAUCAUACAUUUCCUGACAUGGGUAUCCUUAGUUUUCCUUCUGUGGCUCAUAAUGCCAAGAAAAUCCUCAAACAUCAGUCUCUUCUUGGUAGAAAUCACUCAAAUCUUCCGGAAGGGCACGUUGCAGUGUACGUUGGAGAAUUCCAAAAGAAGCGGUUUGUGGUCCCAAUUUCAUAUAUUAAUCAUCCUUCUUUCCUAGCCUUGCUUAAUCAAUCCGAGGAAGAAUUUGGCUUCAAUCAUCCAAUGGGUGGUCUUACAAUUCCUUGCAAAGAAGAUGCCUUCAUUGAUCUCACUUCUCGGCUACACGACUCGUGAACAAAACCAAGAAUGAAACGAAGAAGUUCUCAACAAUUUUGAUAGGGCAUUCUUUUCUUAAUUAGUUCAUUUUCUUGGACAGCAGAAUCUUAAAAGAAACUGGCUCCUGCGUAGGUUUUUUUGUCUAUCUAUUUUUCGGUUUUGUCAUUGAAAUGAUGUACGUAUUAUUAAUUGGUUUUUAUAUUUCUUAUAAUUUCUCUGGUUAAAUAAUAAUAAUUAAAAACA